GAGCCCUGAUGUAUGAACAAGUGCCCAUGGUUGAAAUCGAUGGAAUGAAUUUGGUGCAAACGAGAGCCAUCUUAAGAUACAUAGCUGCAAAGUACGACUUGUAUGGAAGAAACCUGCAAGAACAGGCCUGGAUUGAUAUGUAUGUAGAAGGCUUGAGGGACCUGAGUGACAUGAUUAUGUUCUUUCCACUCUCUCUGCCGGAAGAGAAGGAGAUAAAUCUUGAAUACAUCCUCCAACGAGCCACGACAAGAUUUUUCCCUGUUUAUGAGAAGGCCCUCAGAGACCACCGGCAAGAUUUUCUUGUGGGCAAUCGGCUGAGCUGGGCGGAUGUGCAGCUCCUGGAAGUCAUCUUAAUGGUUGAAGAAUGCAACUUACAAACGUUCCCUGAACAGAUAAGAGAAAUACAACCCAGCUAUUCUGAAAACCUUGGAUAA